AUGCUGAAAACAACCCAAAGAAUCGCUGUGAUGGGUGGAACAUUCAACCCGAUUCACUACGCGCAUCUGCUUAGUGCUGAACAGGUCCGGGUCGGAUUAGGCUACGACGAGAUAUUGUUUAUUCCUUCUGCCAGACCCCCGCAUAAGGUAACAGAUGCCGAUAUUAUUGAACCGGAACACCGAUAUCAGAUGGUCCUUUUGGCGAUUGCGGAGCAUCCACAUUUUGAAGUGUCUCGGAUAGAAUUGGAACGUGCUGGCCCAUCAUAUACCAUUGAGACGCUGAAAGCUUUGCAAAAAAUUUACGGAGAGACGACUGAACUCGCAUGGAUCAUCGGUGCGGAUUCGCUCAUUGAGUAUAAAGUCUGGAGAGACUUCAACGAGGUUUUGGCGAGAUGUGUUAUGAUUGCAACGACACGUCCGAAUUACGACCUGAACCGGGUUCCAUUGGAGGUUCGCAAACGGGUUACGACCUUUCCGAUAACCGGUGUGGAUAUAUCUGCUACAGCCAUUCGUGAACGGAUUCGGAAAGGGCUUUCAAUCCGGUAUCUCGUGCCAGAAACAGUCGAAACUUAUAUUCAUCGGUAUCGGUUGUAUCAAUAA